CGGUCGGCAACAAGCCUCUCUCUCUCGUUUCCUUUCAGUUCAAUAGGUUAUGGCAGCUGCCGCCCUCACCGCUCGUUUGGCUGUUCUGCCGAAGCAUAAAUUUUGAUCCUCGCACCUGCAUCAUUCACACUCUUUUCUUUCCUCUUUAUCCUACUCUCAUUGCCCUUUGUUCUUACUCAACAAGCCAUUCUCGCAACCCAUCGAGUUUCAGCAACAUAGCCUUCGUCCGCCCGAACGCCAGCGCCUCUACACUCUUUUUACAUGCACUCACUCUUCUCCUCUGCCAAACCAGUUUCAAUUUUCACUGAACUGUAGAGAAGGCAAGCAAAUGGCGCGAUCCGACAACACCAGAGUACCUUUAACCGCGUCCCGCCGCUGCCUAUUGAACAAAUUGGACUUGAUUAAGAAGCAAGACAACGAAAUAAAAAAGCAGAAGAAACAGCAAGUCGGAGACUAUCAUCUACUCUCUACUACUACCAUCUACUACCAUUUACUCUCUGCUACUAUCAUCUACUCUCUAUUACUAUUAUCUACUAUUGCUACCUUCUUCUAGUAUUAUUUACUCUCUGCUACUACUAUCUACUACCAUUAACUACCAUCGACUAUCGUUGACUGCCAUUGACUGCCGUUGAUUACCGUUGACUGCCAUUGACUACCAUCGACGACCAUCGACGACCAUCGAGUACCAUUGACUACUAGAUCCCUGCUGCUAUUAUCUACAUCUACUACUUCUGCUACUUCCUUUUAAUAUCACCAACUAUCCAUCAGUAGUUGUUUCUUAU